AUGGCACCUCUAGAGCAUCACACCUCUCCAGAGAAGUUACAACCUCCUAAAAAGUUACGCCCUCCUGAAAAGUUACAACCAAACCCAAAAGAGGCCAGUUCAAGAAAUGCCACCAGGGAAACAAAUGUGAACUUAUCAACAACAUCUACUCAUAAGCUGCAAAAACAAUUGGAUUGCAUCUACUGUCAUGCCAGGAGGCUUGAAUAUGAGCCUCCAACAUUUUGUUGUGCAAGUGGAUAUAUUAAGUUGGCACCCAACGAAGUUGGAGAGGACUUAUACAAAUUAUUUACAGAUGAGUCCAAAGAAGCCAAGUUAUUUCGAAAACACAUUCGAGCCUAUAAUAGCAUCUUUGCUUUUACAUCAUUUGGAGUACAACUCAACAAAGAACUGGCAUCUUCAAGGAAAGGCAUUUACAGCUUUAAGGCACAAGGACAAAUCUAUCACGAUCUACCCUCAUUAAUCUCAAAGGACGAAAGGACACGUUUCUUCCAGCUAUACUUCUACGAUACAGAUCAUGAAGUGGCCAAUAGAAUGUCAAUAUUACAAGAUGCAAAUUUAUCAGAGGAAGUCAUGGAAAAAAUCAGGAAAAUAAUGGAGCAAAAUCCGCAUGCUGAAUUUUUUAGACAACUUAAACACCACUCAAGUUUUCAGAACAUAGAAAUACGCAUAGCUGUAAAUGCUUCUUUAGAUCAACGGGUGUAUAACAAACCUUCGGUGGAUCAAGUUGCAACAAUUUGGGUUGAUGGAAACAAUCCAAAUAUCCCGUUUGAAAGAGAUAUUGUAGUACACGAACAUUCCGGAAAAAAACAUCGAGUAAAACAUUAUUAUGGUUGUUAUGAUCCUCUACAAUAUCCAUUGAUUCUACCCAAUGGUGAAGGAGGUUGGCAUCAAGGAAUAGUGAAAUCACGCAAUCCAAAUAUCGGCAUUACUACAGAUGCAACAACAAGUGCCAACAUAUGCCCUCGAUCAUAUGCUAGUGCAACAGAGGUUUUGAACAAUGAAGAACAAGUGGAUAUGUACAUCAAAUUGGAAACCACACGACUUGAAUAUUACAGAUUCGAACAAUCAAAAUACAGAAGAGAGAUAUUACAAGGUAUCGUUGAUAGUGUUACGGCAGGAGAAUGUAGAGGAGAGAAGGUCGGUCAAAGAGUCUUACUGCCAGAAUCAUUCAUAGGAGGCCCUAGGGAUACGCGACGACGCUAUAUGGAUGCUAUGGCUCUGGUUCAAGAGUUUGGAAGACCAAAUCUAUUUAUCACCAUGUCGUGUAACCCUGAAUGGAUAGAGAUUCAAGAGCAACUAUGUGUGGGGCAAGUCGCUCAAGAUCGGCCAGAUUUGGUGACCAUAGUGUUUAGAGCAAAAUUACAGGACCUAAAAGACCAAAUAUUUAAAAAGGAAAUUUUUGGCCCUAAGACAGCACAUGUUUUUGUGAUUGAAUUCCAGAAGAGAGGACUACCACAUAUACACCUACUACUAAUAUUAAAAGAAGGUCACAAAAUAAGAUCAGCAGAUCAGUAUGAUCGAUAUAUUUCAGCAGAGUUGCCCACAAAGGAUAAGCAGCCAGAAUUACAUGAAUUAGAGCCUGUUUGGAUGGGCUUUUAA